UCGUAGCGCAAAAAUAAUCAAAUUUUCGUUCCUCUUUAGGAAACCCUGAAAUAAUAUUAAACAAACAUACAAAAGAAAAAAAAAACAUAAUGGCAGAAUUUUGCUUAUAGGUUUUUUUAUGGUUCGUUACAGGCCUAGGUGUGUAAUGCUGUAUGAAAUUCCUUUACAUAUCAUCUUUACCCAUCGCACCUGAUAUGUAGUAUUUCCGGACCUAAUUUGAAGUAAGUUUAGUCAUGUCAACAUUUCAUUAUAAGUUUGGAAGAUAAUAUUUACUUACUUAUCCGGAAAGAAAAAUGGGGGCUAUGUUUGUAUAAAAAGGCGAAUUCCACUUCCGUUCUAAUUAUUACCUACAGCCAGAUCAAUUUGUUUAUUUUCCGCGUAAGUGCUAGGUACUGAACAUGUGCGGUCAUUCACACGCGAAUAAUCUGCAUCGUCUGUGGCAAUCCUCAUCUCACAUGACCGCUGCUGACGCAGAUGGAAGCUGAUUUCAAGAGCACCGGCCAUCAAAACAGGUGGUGAGACUCCGAUGCGUCGCAGUCCGCGCCUGUGGUGAGGAGCUGCCGGUCCUCCACCUCCAUAACAAUAUACACUUAGUACAUAGUAAGCAUCGCGAGUGUCAAUGAAUGUCAGUGAAGCUGUGAUUGCUCGGUUUUGUUUGUGCCAGUGACAACAUGAUUAAAAUAUCAACAGCCUUUUUAAAACAGUUAUGGCUGACAUUUGGCGCUUCGCUGGCAUUUUUAAUCAUCGGCCUAGUGAGAGGGUACUCCGCGUCUGCUCUGCCGUCCAUCGAGGCUGUUGAACCCAAUCUCAUCCAGACCAGUGAACAAAAAUCCUGGAUAGGAGCCAUUCCCCCGCUCGGCGCGUUCGUGGGCAGCAUGAUGUCGGGCGUGAUCAUGCAGCAUGCAGGCCGCAAGCGCACGCUGCAGAUGGCCGCGCCGCUGUGGGUCGCCGGCUGGCUGCUGCUCGGCUUCGCGCCGUCUUUCGAGCUCGUCCUCGUCGCUCGCUUCAUUGACGGGCUCUGCGUCGGCUUCACGCUGGCCCCCGCGCAAGUUUACGUGAGCGAGUGCUGCGACCCGGAAAUCCGGGGGAGGCUGGGGUCCCUGCCCACUCUCUCCAUGUCUCUGGGCAUCGUCUUAUCAUAUGUCGCGGGCAAUUGGCUUUCCUGGAGGCACCUGGCGUUCUUCUCCGCUACAUUCUGCGGUGCUCUGUUUCUGGUCCUCCUGCCGCUGCCCGAGUCGCCUGUAUGGCUGGAAUCGAGGGGUCUGGACUCCACGGCUGCAAAGAAAUGGCUUCAUCUCUCUUCGCGAGCCACAGCUGUGGUCAAGGACGAUGUGCCAGAGAAGUCGGGCGCGGAGGCACCGGAGUCGGCCCCGCCGAGCCUGUUCACGCGCGAGGUCUUCUUCUCGUCUUCAGUCAUCAAGCCUCUCAUCGUGGGCUUCUCGCUCCUCUUCUUCCAGCAAUUCAGUGGGAUCGACGCCGUCAUAUUCUUCACUGUUGAAAUUUUCCAAAGUGCAGGAAGCACUCUGAAUCCUAUGAUGGCGACGAUUAUAGUCGGCGUUGUGCAGCUGGUGUGUAACGGAGUAAGCACCAUGGUGGUGGACCGUGCAGGCCGGCGGCCGCUGCUGCUGUUGUCUGGUGCAGUUAUGUGUGCCUCCAUGUUGGCCAUGGGCACCGCUUACUACAUGGAACUGCAGCAUUCGGCGUGGCUUGGGUACCUCCCAGUGGGUAGUUUAGUGGUGUUCAUGAUUGGCUUCUCGCUCGGGUUCGGCGGGCUGCCCUUCCUGCUGCUGGGCGAGUUGUUCCCCGCGCACCACCGCUCGCAGCUCUCCGCCAUGGCGAGCGCCGUCAACCUGCUAUCUAUGUUCACCGUUAUCAAAUCUUUCCAUGCGUUAGAGAGUGUGCUGACAUCUGCCGGCACCUUCUGGAUGUACGCGUGCUUCUGCGCGCUGGCGUUCUUCUUCGUGCUAUUCAUGGUGCCCGAGACCAAGGGCAAGUCGCUGGCCGAGAUCGAGGAGCACUUCCGCGGUAACAAGAAAUCCGACGCGGUCAAAUUACAGAAAAUCUCCACUAUAGCGUAGGGACGACAUACUAGGAAAUAAGUAGGAAAUGUUAUUGAUGGAAAUUAUACCAUUAGCCUAGCGGCCCACCAUACCUACAAUAAAUAUUGGUAGUCAAAUUUGAAUCAAUAGUAUUAGAGAAUAGAAUUGAAUUUGUUUUGAUAUAAAUUGAACGAUUUGAAAUAAAAGCCCCUGUUCAAUUUAAUAUAUAAUUAAAUGUCAUUGCAAGUAGGUAACUAAUUAGUACUAGUAUUAGGACCGGGGGACGCUAGAGGUUACAUUUUUGUCCGUUUACUUUUGAUAGGUAUAUGGAAGUUCUUUAAUAUCACAAAGUUAGGUAUUAUAUAAUACAAUAUAAAUCAACCUUAUAACACACCUUAAACAUUUAAAAAAAUCAUGAAGAAUACGAGUAGAAACAACAGGCGAGAGUUGAACUAUUUGAAAUCCGAAUGAUGAAUUGUUCACCUUUUAUCAAAUGUACUUUAAUUUUACAAUGGUAUAUAGAUUUUCAGACCGUGUAUUAUAAAUUAAUUUGUUUGUUUUCGAAGUUCGUUUGGUAUAAAGUUAUGUGAAUCGAAAAUUUACUGUAGAAAUUAACAAUUGCGAGUGUGAAUGAUAGGAAUGUAAUUGUAUCUGUUCACGGCCAUUAUUGAGUUUCGUUCUCUAAAGUACCUACAGUAUAAAAAUAAAA